AGGCCCGGCUGCAGCUGGUGUGGCGGACGAUGAUGCAGAACGGCGUGGACUCUUCCGGGAUGCCAACGGACCUCUGCAGCGUCCUUCUCGUUCGGGAGGCGGCCGGCAGCGCCCUGCCCAAGCCCUGGGCCGCCAGCGGCAGCCUGGCGCGCGAGGCCAGCAUGGGGAGAGAAGGCUCCGUCGCCCGUGCGAUAAGACCAAUCAAAGCCUGCCAAAAAAAAGCGAGGGAGAAAGCGAACUCCCUGCUUGGUCUGCCGAUGACGAAGCUGUCCGAUUCGAACUUGGACGCGUCAGGCCUGGCCGAGAACAAGAGCGACGGCAAGGGCUGCCACUGCAGGUGGCUGCGGGGCCUCUCCGAGCUGUCCAAGGCCGGCAGGCGGACGUGGAAGACGAACAAGUGGUACCUGCUGCGGGGCUUCCUUCUGCUGGUCCUCGGCCUGGUGGUGAUCGUCCUCAGGCUAGACAUGGACCGGCCGUCCACCCUUCCGCGGCUGAUGGCCCAGGAGCCCGACGCAGACCUGCUCGGGCGCGCGGGAGCAGGCACCUGACGCUGCCGGCCCGCCGCCGCCCGCGCCCCCCGGUGGCCGCCCUCGCGGCAGGCGAUCGCGUCGCGCCGC